AUGACAGUUUACCACAUCGUCCUCUUCCGCCUCAAACAAGGCGUAACCCCCGCGCAAGUACAGACAUGGACGUCCAUCGCCGAGAACAUGGUCGGCAAAAUCCCCGGUCUCAUCUCACUCAAGGCCGGCGGCCCGCUGCCGAUCUGUGUGCCCCGCGCAAAGGGCUUCGAUAUGGGGCUCGUUGCUGUGUUGGAGAAGCCCGGCGAUUUGGAGGGGUAUGCGGUGCACCCGGCGCAUAUGGAGGUGCAUAAGAUGAGGGAGGAACUUUGUGAGGAGACGCUGGCUUAUGAUCUUGAGUUUUGA